AUGAAUGCACAAAGGAUCGUAUUUGAUGCAUCUAAUAAAAAGUUUCGCUUUGUUUAUAACACUAGUGACAACCAAAGGCAACAAGCAGACAUCCAUCUUCACAACAAACGACAAAGCAUGGUCAAUGAGAAAACUGAUGAAAAGACUGUGAAAGCAGAUGAUUUUAAUGAUGAAUUGAAACUUCCUAGAAAUGAUUCCCAUAAUGGUUCGGUAUCAAAUGAUGAUUCUUAUAAAAAAGGAAAUCAUUCAUUCUUUGAUCCCAAUAAUGUACUAGAAAUAGCUGCUCAAGACUCUUAUGAUGAAUUUUCUGAUGAUGUAGACGACGAUUUUGAUAAUAUAUCAGAAGUAUCGGCAGCUGAGGACUCCAAGGCUGCAGAUGAUGAAACACUAGAGGAACCGACAAGGCAAGACAACAAAGAAGAUAUUAACGCAGAAGUAGAUACAAAAGAAUUGGAUGGAUUGAAAGACAAGACUGCUUCUAAGUCGGAAGACGAUGAAGCUGCAACUGCAGAAGAGCAUGUGGAUCAACCAAUAUUAGAAAACAGCUCUAAGUUGAAACAUACAGAAGAUCAAACUCCUGAAGAAAAUGAAAAGAAAAAAAUUGUGGACGAUGAUGUAUCCAAAACCGAUCACGAUUUGCCCAUCUCUACAGAAAAGCCAGAGGUAUUGAAUGAAAAGAAACCAGACGAACCCGAAGCAAAACCAUCACUUGAUAGAAUAGGUGUUAAUGAGACUGAAAGUAAAGAUGAAAAAGCCUCUAUGGAAGAAAAACUUUAUGAUUCAGAGAAAGAAUCAGUGUCUUCAGCGUCUUCUUCUGAAUCCGAUACCAAUGCAUUUUCUUAUGACCCUCAAAGUGCUAAUUCCAGAAACAAUGAAAUUAAUUCUGAAAGUGUUUUAUUAGAAAAGGAUACUUCUAAACAUCUGGAGGAUCCUUUAAGAAAAUCAUCAACUGGGCCUCAAACCCCUUUUAAAGAGGAAGAGAUAGGAUUAAAGGGAGAUAUCCCCAUAACAAUGCAACAAGCAGAGAAUCCGGAAAAAACUGAGACAGAUGAAAAAAUGAAGGACUUGUCUAUCACUUCAAAGGAACCGCAAACACCGGCAUUAGAGUCUGUGGAAACCGAAGAUUAUUUGCCUCAAGCUACAUCUUCUACUCUCUUUGUAAAUUCAGCUUCGCGGAUAGAUGCUUCGGAACAUAUUACUAAAAAUCACGAAUCCAUGAGUUUUCCGGCAAGCGCGAAUGUUAACAUUAGCAGUCCGCAACUGACGAAGGAUGCUUUCAAGGAUAAUACUGAAGAUGAAUUGCCUAGUUUUGUACUUGAUCCUGCUUCAGAUACCGCAAACUUGAACGGUGAUAUCUCGAGACAGAAAUUUGAUACUAGAUUAGGGUCUCAUGAAGGUACAAAAAUUGAUGGUAAUGGCGAUGUUUUGGGACCACAUGAAGAGCGUUCUCGUGGCAGAUAUGAUUCGUUUUAUACCCGGGCAACUUCGCCAGUUUCUUCUGCGAUUUCUUGGUUCAAUUCAAAACGGGGUGAUUUGAGUCCGGAAAAUUCUGUAGCAAGUACAUUUUAUUUGGAAGAAAUUCUUGAAAAAAAUGCGUCUUCUAUUGAUGAAAGCAGAAAAAAGAAGAUCAUCAGCUUCUUAGAAAGUGAACGUAACAUGAUUCCCUCGGAUAUAUACAAUCUUUUGCUUGAAUUUAUUGAGAACCCACUAGAAGUGUUAAAGGAAAAAUCAGAAAAGAUCCAAUGUCUGAUUUUCAGUCAUGAAGUUCAGGCAGCACAUACAGUGUUAUGGAAGUCGAUCUCUGCUUGGUGCUCUUUUGAUUGUGAACAAGAGUAUUUUGAUUUACAAAAGAAGAGUUGUGAGUCCGAUAAAGCUAUAUGCAAAGACUUAGAUAGAACAUUCCCUCCUGAAACCUUAGAGCGGUUUUUUUCCAAUCGUGGCCAGAAAUCACCGGAUACCGUCGCAGAUUCUAUUGCAAAUUUGCACAGAGUAUUAAGAUCUCUUGCGAAUGCUGUUCCUGAAGUCGGCUAUACACAAGGAAUGUCUUGGAUCGCUGGCUCUCUUUUAAUGUAUUUACCACCUCCCCAAGCUUUCUCUAUGCUAGUCCUUCUUUUCAAAGAGUACCAUUUACAAAGCAUUUUCUGUCCAGAGUUGAAAGGUUUGGGUCGUAUCAUGCAUCAAUUUACUCGAUUGGUAGAAGAUUUUAUGCCCGCUUUGGCUGUUCACUUAAAGAAGAACGAGAUUGAGACUUGUUCAUAUGCUUCCGAGUGGUUUCUUACUUUGUUUGCGUAUAAGUUUCCUUUGGACGUUGUCGCUAAAAUAUAUGAUAUAUUACUUUUUUAUGGUUCUACCAUUUUACUGAACAUUGGUCUUGGAUUAUUAAAGAAUAGUGAAAAAAGCCUAUUGCAAUUAAACAAUGAUGAACUUAUAACGUAUCUGAAGGACAAUAUAUUUUCUUCUUUUAUGCUGAAUGAUGGAACUGAACAAUACGAUACGAACAAGGUCUUACAGUUUGCUUUUACUUUUCAAACCUCCAAGUCAGCUAUCGACACAUAUGGUAACGAAUAUGAUACGCUGCUGAAGACACAGAAAGAAGUUGAUGUGCAACUGGAAAAUACGAAAAGCACGAACAAGUCAUUGAAUGAUCACUUUUCGACGUUAAAUGAAACUAUGUCUAAAUUACAUGCUGAGCAUGAGAGUAUGAAUAGUAUGCUACUGCGAGAGAAAUUAGUUCUCAAACAACAAGCUAAAGAGCAAAGUGAGAUGGAGUCGCGGAUUACCUCGUUACAUGCUGAGCUUUCAAAAAUAAAGACUGAUGUGGAAGGGUCGUUCCAAGGUGAGAUGGAAGCCAUAAUUGCUGAAAACCUAAAAAUUAUGUCAGAAGGCCAAGUACUAGAGGAUGAACUCUUUAAAAAGGAAAAAAAGCUUGCUGAAACAAAAGUUAAUCUGGCUACGUUAGAUGGAGAACAUAUGAUGGCUGUGCAAAGAUGGAGUCAAUUGAUGAGUCGAAUCAAUAAAGGCUAAUGGAAACAUUAUAUGAUUUAUCUGCAGUUUGAAUGCAUGUCAACUUCAGUAAAAUAUCUGCAUUAUAAGGACGCCUAGGAUGAUAAAGUAGCUUGGAGUUGUUCAUUUCGUUAUCCGAAUACGAUUAACACAAUUUAGUUGUUUCCUAUUGAAUGCGUUUGAAGAAAUUAUCUUGUUUUUUAAUUUUUGCGAUCAUUUUCCGGGUAGCCUUAGUAGGUAAACAUCAAUACUAGCUGACGAUUGUAACUUUAAAUUCCAUUAUUUAUUCAAUAAUCAAUUCCUUGUUUU